GUCAGUGUUCGGCUGGAAGCCAUCCGCUGGGGACGACACCCCGUCGUUCCCAGUUUUCGGUUAAUCACUGAUCAUUUCAUCCCCAAGAAACUUUAUUGUUGUUUUCCCACGAACUUUGCAACUAAGAUUGACAGUGAUAACGUACAUUCGAAGUGUUUCUCUCCACCCGUGAAGACAAACGAGGAGUGAAUAUGGGACAGACCUAACCUUUCUGCAACAUGAUUGGCAGAACCCAUAGCAGCAGCAUCAACAUUGGAUAUAUUUGUCGUCGGACCCGAUCAGUGCGUGUGUGAUAAAUCUCAUCAAAUGUGGCUGUAACCGGAAAUUUUAGAUUCAUUUUCUUUUAUUAUUUAACCGUUUUAAUUAUUUUAUUUUUGUGGAAGUGAGAGUGGUUGGGAAACCACUGUAUGAAGCCAGCAGUGGUGUUGCCUGAAAUCCAAAGUGUCGUGUGAUUGUGUGGGUGCGUGUGCCGUCGCCUGAGUGAGUGGAUGUGAUCCAAGAGGCAGCAAGAAAGCAAGACGGUGGUCGUGCGAGCGGCCACUUGAUGGCGGUGGUUGGGCCUUCGCGCCACCAGCGGCACUCCAUGUCGGUGUCUAUGAUGCAAGGGGGCGGGGGUGGUGCCCAACACCAACAGGCUAUCCUGGCUGCCGCCCAACCCUUUUACCACCCUCAGCCGUCGUCACAUCAACCUGCAACCCCUGCUGCGCACACCCAAGAUGUGCAGCCUGACAGACCCAUCGGAUACGGUGCCUUUGGAGUAGUAUGGGCCGUCACGGAUCCUCGGGACGGGCGGCGGGUGGCGCUCAAGAAACUGCCCAAUGUCUUCCACUCGCUCGUCUCCUCCAAGAGGGUAUUCCGGGAGCUCAAGAUGCUCUGUUUCUUCAAGCACGAAAACGUUCUCUCCGCACUGGACAUCCUACAGCCGCCGCACCUGGACUUUUUCCAAGAAAUCUAUGUCAUCACGGAACUGCUACAGAGUGACUUGCACAAAAUCAUCGUGUCCCCUCAGCAUCUCUCGGCAGACCACAUCAAAGUAUUCCUGUAUCAAAUAUUAAGAGGCCUCAAGUACUUGAGCUCGGCCCGGAUCCUACACCGGGACAUCAAGCCUGGAAACCUCCUCGUGAACAGCAACUGCGUGCUCAAGAUCUGCGACUUUGGUCUGGCGCGCGUGGAGGAGCCCGACACGAUGAAGCACAUGACGCAGGAGGUGGUGACGCAGUACUACCGCGCGCCCGAGAUCCUCAUGGGCGCCAGGCACUACUCGUCGGCCGUGGACGUGUGGAGCGUGGGCUGCAUCUUCGGCGAGCUGCUCGGCCGGCGGAUCCUCUUCCAGGCGCAGAACCCCGUGCAGCAGCUGGAGCUCAUCACGGAGCUGCUGGGCACGCCCUCGCUCGAGGACAUGCGCUACGCGUGCGACGGCGCGCGCUCGCACAUGAUGCGCCGCCCCCACAAGCCGCCGUCCCUGUCCGCGCUGUACAUGCUGUCCUCGCAGGCCACCCACGAGGCCGUCCACCUCCUCUGCCAGAUGCUGGUCUU